ACAAAAGAGAAGCGUUAUAAAAACAAGCUUGGAGCGUCCUCGGGCAAGCAGUUUGGAACGUCUCCCGCCGCGAAUUUAGCCGGUAUUGAAUUGUGGUGGAGAACAUGUCGGUGCUUCUGAGAAAAGUCUUGAUCAGCGACCCCGUUGAUGACGCAUGCGUCAGGCUGCUUCAGGAGCACGGCAUAGAGGCGACCUGCAAGUACCGCCUCAGCAAAGAUGACCUGGUGAAAGAGAUCAAGAACUACGAAGGGCUGAUCGUAAGGUCCGAGACGAAGGUCACUGCAGACGUCAUCGCGUCUGCCUCCUCGCUGAAAGUGAUUGGACGCGCCGGCACAGGGGUGGACAACAUAGACAUCAACGCUGCUACGAAGAAGGGCGUCAUAGUUCUCAAUGCUCCUGGAGGAAAUUCGAUAAGUGCCUGCGAGCUGACGUGUGCACUGAUUGCAAACCUGGCGAGGAAUGUGACGGAGGCCUGCAUGUCGCUGAAGGACGGCCGGUGGGACCGCAAGUUGUUCGCGGGCUUCGAGCUGUCGGGCAAGACACUGGCCGUGCUGGGCCUCGGCAGGAUCGGCCGGGAGGUCGCCGCGCGGAUGCAGUCCUACGGCAUGAGGGUAAUUGGUUUUGACCCACUUGUGUCAGCAAGCGAUGCAAAGGCCUUCAAUGUGGAGAAAAUGGAGUUGGAAGAAAUAUGGCCACUUGCAGACUUCAUCACGGUCCACACACCUCUGAUACCACAGACUAGAAACCUGAUAAACGAGACGGUGCUGUCGAAGUGCAAGUCAGGAGUCCGCGUGGUGAACGUGGCUCGAGGGGGCAUCGUGGAUGAGGCUGCUCUCCUUGCGGCGCUCAAGUCGGGCCGGUGCGGAGGAGCGGGCCUGGACGUGUUCGCGGAGGAGCCGCCCCAGGGGGAGGUGACCCGGGAGCUCAUCAGGCACCCCAAGGUGGUGGCCACGCCGCACCUGGGGGCCAGCACGGCCGAGGCCCAGCGCCGGGUGGCCGUCGAGGUGGCGGAGCAGUUCGUCGCCCUGGCCGCCGGCUGCAGCUCCGAGUACCGCGUCACGGGCGCCGUCAACGCCCCCGUCCUCGCCGCGGCCGCAUCUCCCGCCAGCGACGCCUGGAUCCGCCUCGCCAAGGAGCUGGGCAGGAUCCUCUCCAAGCUUGUGAAAGGAGUCAUCCCGGAUACACUCAUCGAGAUCAGAACUUCAGGGGAAGCCCUGGGGGGCAUGAAGUUCCUGGGCACCGCGGUGCUGAUGGGCAUGCUCACGGGCCACACCAAGAACGGCCUCAACAUGAUCAACGCCCCCACGCUGGCCAAGGAGGCGGGCAUCGAGGUGGUCGCCAAGCAUGACUCCGAGCAUGACGCCGCGCCCCUCCUGCAAGUGAGCGUCUCCCUGGGGAAGGUCGGCUCGCACAGCGUCCAAGGGGCGGUGAAGGCGGACGGAUCUCCGUACCUGCUGGCCAUCGACGGCGCCAGCUUCGAGCAGGGAGGCGUGCUGCUGGGGGGCAACUCCCUCCUCUUCCGCGGCAAGGACCGCGGCAGCCUGGCCGCCAUCGUCGCCGCGCUGGUCGCGCAGGGCGCGGCUGUCACCAGCCUCGCCGCGGCCGGCGGCGAGGGGCAGUGGGUCGUGGUGCGCACGGCCGAGAGCUCGCCCGCCCCCUCCGUGCCCGGGGUCGUCGCCUUCUGACGGGCUUCACGUCUCCGCUUCUGCCUUCACCAGACUUCCCGUACAUAAACACAACUGUGUCCCACGCGAGUUGCAGUCGGAAAAGAUUUAGAGGAAAGGGAGCUUUAGUCCUUCAAAUACCAUACAAUGGAAAAGCUAAGCUGGACAAAUCUGAAAAAAAUAUAAAAUCAGCAAACUAACAAAGCAUAAAUAUGUACAUGGUAGGUACUGAAGUGCAGAUCAUUCAUUUACCAUAAAUACCAAGUAAAUGUGUGUUAACUCGUCGCCUUCUGGACGGGCUUCGCGUCUCCGCGUCUCCACGCCUGAGGUGCUGCUGCUCUUACCGGUCUUCCCGGGAAACACAAUUGUGUCCCAUGUGAGUUGCAGUCGGAAAAGAUUCAGAGGGAAGGGAGCUUUAGUCCUUCAAAUACCAUAUAAUUAGAGACCGGAAAAAUUCGCGGGUUCCAAUGACCUCCAGGAUAGACUCCUAUAUCCUCUACACACUCGGGGCAAAUGCCAACUGUUCAUUGGCUGCUGACUCGCGAGUUGUCUCGACUGCUGGGUGGCCCGUGAUUCGACGCUACUAUGAGCGAGGGUCUCUAAUUGGCCCUCAGUCGUCCAGAUUUAACACUGAACCAAUGACAGAAGCAGCACUUAAGGUAUAAUUAUUUGAAUUUUAGCACAACACGAAAUUAAACCCGCGAAUUUUUCAGGUCUCUACAUAUAAUGGAAAAGCUAAGCUGGACAAAUCUGAAAAAAUAUAAAAUCAGCAAACAAACAAAGCAUAAAUAUGUACAUGGUACUGAAGUGCAGAUCAUUAUUCAUUUACUAUAAAUAUCAAGUAAAUGUGUGUUAACUGUUUUUGUUUCUCGUGAAGACUGCGUCGAUAGUCGAGGAAUGGGAUGGCAUUUUAUUUUAAAGACUGUAUCACUAUAGUGUAGGAAAAUAUUUAAUACAAAUUCUGAUUCCAUAUUUGUUUGUUUUUACAUAUAAUGACAACAGUCUGCUUCAAACUUUAUGUUUAAGCCAUGUUCUUGUGAAAUUGCAUGUAUGAGAAUUGAAUUUUACUUUGAAAUUAAAGUUUAUGAAUUUUAUUUUAAAAGCAUGAUUGUUAGAGUUUCGUUAUGAUUGUUUUAGAUUAUUAAAAUAUCUUAAUUGAAGCAAGUGUGUCUAAAUGUUUAUAAACAUCAAAUCUGAUUUUGCAUUCAAAUUGGUGCCAAAGCACAAAUGUGAUAGUUAAAAGUAUUUUCUUUGUUUUAACAUAGUCUUUACUCUUAUAAACAUAACAUAAUUUUAUGUUAAACAGUUUUAAUAAAAAUUUGCACAGUAUUAUGCAAGUUUUGCAUUAAUUUAGAUUUUGUGUAGCCUUGCAUUUAAGGCAGACUCAUUUAUGUGAAAUUACAGUCUUCAGACUGUUUUCAAGUUGGAAGUACUGAUGACUUUUAUAACGAUUUUGUACAAUAAUGUUAAAGUAUAUCAAAUGUUGUGUACCUAAAUGUGUAUUGGUAAAUAAAAAAUUUUGUCUAUAGAAAGUUUGUUUGAAAUACCUUCUUUACCAUGGCACAUGAAUAUCUACUAAAUGUCAACCAAGAUUCAUAAACUUGAGCCAAGUCAAAGCAAAUAGCUUCCGAUCAACUCUGAUUGAAAGCAGAGUAUAUUGUAUUCAACGGGAUGAGACCCAACUCUAUUUUUUUUAAAAACUUGAUACAUUUGAUAUGUGAAACAAGUAUAACAUCAUAUUUCACCUUUUUGCAAACACUACAGUGAAACCUUGCAUUUAUGUUCAAUGCAGUGGAAAACAUAAUAUGAAUAAUACAUAUAUAUUUAAUAUUUAUGUUUCAGAACACUAGAGAGAGAAAAAACAUUUUUUAAUAGAAGAUUUUUAAUGCAAGAUUUACUUUAAAAAAUAAACGCUUUAACGUCUUUAGUGAACGCUGUUUAUAAUAAAGCAUCUAUCUAUAGUAUCGAUGUUCGGAACACGCGUAGCAACACACUAGUAAUGGAUCUCGUAUCUUCACAUCUUUGAUUAUCUAGUCAAAAUGAGGGAUGGCUUUGUUUUUGUAUUGAACACCUAGUUUAAUAUCACCUCAAAGAAAACAUCUGCAAAUACCCAAGCUCAACUUGAUUUUUGAGGACUUGACUCAAAGGUAUUAUUACUGAAUUCGGCUGGGACUCGACUCUACCCAAAAAUUUCACCCUUCAAUCCCUGAUACAUUCCACAAAAACAUUUUGAAACAACAAGGAAAAAAAAAAUAGAAAA